AUGGCCUCGAACAUCGCAUUCUAUAACACCGACUACGCCAUUGUGGAGGCUGAGCUCCGCUCUAAUCCACAGGGGUUCGUGGCAAACGCUGAAUAUCUGAGUUUGGCUCAGCUGCAGACACCCGAGGAGUUCUGCAGUGCACUUGCAACCAUAACAGGCAUCAGUAUUCCGACCAUUGCCAGCAGCUCAGAUAUUCGGUGUGGGCUUCUCAACAAGUUGGCGGAGACAUUUCGUGACCUUCUACCCAGCGCAGAAGGCCUUUUACUCCAGUUUCUUCUACUCUUGCGUACCCAGUACGUCCUGUCCAAUUCAUUUAUUCUCAUUUCAGCGGCGCUCAAGGGCCGUGCGGCUGAUUCAAGCAUUCGGUUUCAUCCUAUCGGUGUCUUCCAGAACCUCGAGCUGUUGGUCAGCAUCGAGAACCUCUCAGAGAUUGUCGGAACCCUUCUUGAAGCAUCUCCUGCGGGGCCUUUCCUGAUCAAGGCCGGGCUGGAUGUAGAGAGUGUCCAACUUGAGUCCAUGAGCCAGCAAGACAUUGAGAUUCUGAGGGCUAAGGCCGAGUCUCUCUACCUGGAGCACCUCCUUAACUUUUCACUGUCCAUCGGUGGCCAGACAGCACAGACCAUGAACGACCUCCUGUACUUUGAAGCUGACCGCAUGACAAUUAUGCUGGUCUUUAACCUGCUCGGCAACGAAAACUUCACUCCUGAGGCAAAAAUGGAGAUUAUGCCCCGCCUGGGGGCCCUUUACCCCUACCACCAGGAGCGCCUCUCCCAGUGCUCCGACAUGGAUAGCGUUCGCUCGAUUAUCUCCGAGUUCCAGGAGUACAAGAAGGUUUUGGACCGCAUGUCUGCGGACUCUUCCCUGACCCUUCUGGACGCCUUCAUGUUCGAGCAGGUCGACAGCCUCCGUGAUGGUUUCAAGUCGCAGUACGACUUUGCGUCUAUCUAUUGCUACUUCAAGCUGAAAGAGCUCGAAAUGAACAACCUCGUAUGGAUGUACGAGGCCCUCCAGCAGAAUCAGCUGUCGGAGAUGCGCAAGUAUGUGCCGGUCAUUUGA